UAAUGCAUAGAACACAGGGGAGAAAUGCUUUUGAGAAAGGCCUCAGCUGUUUAUUUUUAAACGGGAGGAAUGUGGAGAGAUAUAGAGAAAUAUUAUCUCACUGCCAUAGCUUAUUUUCUCUGGGAAGAUUUUCCCCCUCUAUGAUGGCCUCUGUACAUGAAGCUACUUAAGUACCCCCUGUUGGGGCCUCCCCAUCUGCAGUCCUGAUUGAAAAAGAUUAUUUGCCAGCUUUUUCUGAAGGAUUACAGUGCAUGUAAUGGGUGUUUAUAAGAAAUGGAAAUAAUUUCAUGCCAAUUUUAUGGCCGGUUACAGUGGAUUUAAGCCCUUGUUAAAGAAGAAACUACUCCAUUAUGAGGUGUAGUGCACUUAUUACAAAGAAGAGAAGGAGCAAUUCUCCAGCAAGCAAAGAGGUGAGAUAAGCUCGAGGAGUGAGGAGGAGAAUAUGUGAAGAUGAAGUGGUGGCUAUACCUGUGUGUUCUAUGGGGUUGGUCUGGCACUGCCAUGGAUAUUGUCCCACUGGUCACGGAUGGCAGGGGCAGUCUCAGACACAUGGUUUUGGACAAUCAGACAUUGUUCAUUGGAGCCACAAACCAUAUCUACCAACUCAAUCUGGAUCUAGAUAUGGAAACGAAGGUCAUUACAGGUCCUCGGAAUGAUUCGCAGAAAUGUGGAAUUGAUUUGAAGGCUUGUUCUGCUUUUUCUGAAUUGUCACCCAUGGACAACCACAAUAAAGUUCUCCUGCUUCAUUCCAAUAAGCUUGUGAUUUGUGGAAGUCUCUUUCAAGGAAAAUGUGAAAUUAGGAAUACAAAGAACAUCAGUGAAAUUGACGUCACUGGAAACACCGCAAUGGCAUCCAAUGAAAUUAAUGUGAACACCAUUGCAUUUAUCACACAAGUGCUGAAUAGUGCUACUAACGAAAUGGAAGCUAUGAUUUAUGUAGCCACUGAAUUUACAAAGUUUGACAAGUCCAAAAAUACCUUAGAAUUUAAUCUUAGAAGACCUGUCCCCCCGGUCAGUACAAGACUUUUAGACUUCUCACUUCGUGGAAAAAUUACUUAUGAAACAGAAAAUAAAUACAUGAAACCUGGUUUGAUAUCAUAUGUUACUGGCUUUGCUUCAGGGAAUUACAGCUACAUAUUGUUUAAUGAAAAGAACCCAGAUGACACAACACAUAACUCCAAAAUUGUACAUAUGUGUAGAGAGGAUGAUUUACUAAAAACUUUUCUAGAAAUUCCAUUGACUUGCAAAACAAACAACAAGACAUUUAACAUUCUGAAAACUGCAAAGUUAUUCAAACCGAGACAGAAAUUGUUGAUAUCACUGAAGGAAAAGUUCCCUGAUCUGACUUCAGAUGACGAUGUGUUGGUGGGACUCUUUAGUAAUAGUGUAGACAACAGCUCGGCCAUUUGUCUGUUUAGUAUGCCAGAAGUGAAAAAGACUGUGCUUUCCAACAUAAAAACAUGUUUGAGCGGAAAUGCAGAUUAUGCAGCUAAUUUAAAGUACAAGUAUGGAUUAAAAUGUACAAAAGUAAAUUUGAACUUAUUUACUGAUGAGGAGUUGCUGUGUUCAAGUGCUCUUAAUCUGAUUAUUGCUGGAAAAACACCUGUACUUGCUGCCCCAGUUGUCCAGUUUCCAGCUUCACAUGAACCCCAUAGUUUUGUUUCCUUGGCUUUGACUAUCACCACAGAAUUCACAGUGGCAUUCAUUGGGAGCUCUACAGGGCAAAUCCGAAAGGUUUUCCUGGAGACAGACAGCAAGGGAGAGUUGUAUGAUUCGGCCAUUACUGUGGACGAGGGUCAUGCCAUCAGCCAGGAUAUGGUGUUUGACAAUUCCCAGAUGUAUCUGUACGCCAUGAGUGACAGGAAGGUGGCCAAGAUUCCUGUACAGAACUGUUCCCAGUACACCACGUGUAAUGAGUGUCUGUCAAGCAGGGAUCCCUACUGUGGAUGGUGCACCCUGAGUCACAGAUGCUCACUGAAAAAUGAGUGCUACAAUCCUACACCUACUCGCUGGGUUAAUGGUCCAAAUCCCAGUGACAGCUGUAUAGCGAUCCUGAAUGUCUCCCCACCAAUGGCCCACGUCUCACAGAAUAUCACACUGUAUUUAACAGUCCAUAAGAACCUACCUAGAGAUGUCAAUACAACGUACAACUGUGUGUUUAGCUUUCCUAGUGGGGAUCAGAAAAUCUCCCCAGCCGACCUUAAGAGUUAUGGGAUUGAGUGUCAGAAUCCUAAUGUUGAUGACCUUAGCUUGACCUUCAGCAGUACUCUGGGACACAUUAAUAUAAGUCUGGGUAUUCAGUGUGUGCAGACAGGACAGGUUAUUGUGUCAACACCUUAUCUUCUCUACAAGUGUAGCAGCUUCUCCAGUUGUUCGAGGUGUGUGGACAAUGUUUACUGGUGUGACUGGUGUAUCAGAGGAAACAAGUGUCUGUACAACACUGAUCUGUGUUCUGGGGAGAAAGUCAGUAGUCGAAAUGAUACUUAUGUACAAAACGACACAGAAUAUAUUGGUAAUGAAGGCAAAAGAGGGAAGCAGUUUUGCCCGAUGGUGGAUAAAACUCAGACAGGCCUUCUGUUUAUACCACAGGAUCAGUCCAAAACAAUCAUUAUCCAAGGAAGGAAUUUCCCUGAACCAGAUGAAUACAGUGGAAAGAUCUACCUACCAUUGUCUCAAACCCUAGAUGUGCCUGGAAGAAGGAAAUCGGCCACAGAGUUAACCUUUGAUAUCCAAAAGAUUAAUGUAGCUAUACCAAGUGGAAAGUUUGAUGCACAGAUGAGUGUUUUGUGGACCAAUCAGAAAUUUGUCAUUGAAAAUGAUGGACUAGAAGUGACUCUGUACAGCUGUAGGGGGCAGGCUAAAGGUGAUUGUAGCUUCUGUAAGAAUCUGGAAGAUACUCAUCCAGCCAUGAAUUGUAAAUGGUGUGGAGGACAGUGUAUCUACAGCCAGCAGAGCUGUCCUCAAUCCAUGUGUCCAGGACCCAAUGUCACCAGUUUAUCACCCAAUACUGGUCAUUUCUUGGGGGGUACAGUUGUCACAAUUACUGGGUCUAAUCUCGGUAUUAAAUUUGCCGAUAUUGAGAACAAUGUCACCAUCGCGGGCAUUGCUUGUAACACAACAGCAAAAAGAGAGGAUUACAAGCCAUCCAAAAGUAUCCGCUGUGUGACGGGGGGAAGGAGUGGUGAGGGAAGUGGUCCUAUCAAAAUACUGGGGGUCACGCUACGGAAAUGGAUCUACUCCUACAAGACUCCAACGAUUACUGGAAUUGAACCUAAAUUUGCAGCGCAGUCUGGUGGCAGAAUUGUGCACCUAAGGGGAGGUAACCUCAACAUAGGGAAUGGCCCUAAAGUAACCAUCAACAAUGAAACAUGCUUGGUUAAAAGUAAAAAUAUGACUGUCAUUUCCUGCAUUGUUCCUGCUGGAAGUACUGGUGUGGCUAAUGUCUCAGUCCAUAUUGAUGGCAACCCUGUGGAUACCACGACCAGUAAUUUCUCCUAUGUGGAGGACCCUACUGUUCAGAAUAUUUAUCCAGUUCCUAUUUUCUCCUUUGAAAGUGGAGGAAGAAAAUUGAUGAUCAAUGGGACUAACUUUAAUGCCAUAGACAAUGCAUAUAUGUUCGUUAUUUACGAUGUUGGAACAUACUCCAAAAAUGAGUCUUGUAGUAUCAAGAAUGAAACAACCAUUUUUUGUUGGACGCCGGAGAGCAGGACUCGGACAACACCAGUGGCUGUUGAAACUGAUUUGGAGGACCAGCCAGACAAUGGAACUGAGAAGAGUACAAUAUUACAGAUGAUUCAAAUGAAGCCAGUAUUAAAACGAGCCAGAAGAAAUUCCCAGGCGAACUCAGUACAGCUGGGUUUCUAUAUGGACAAUGUGCCCUCAGUGCAGGAUCUUAAGACAUAUUUCCCCAAUGUUAUAUCAACACUGUACUAUGAACCAGACCCUGUAAUUUUAGACUUUGAAGAGAAUGACAAGAUGAAAGCGUACACCCAAGGGAUUGUAUUGGAAAUCAAGGGAAAACGAUUAAAUGCUGCAGCCACAAAGGAGGAUGUGGAGGUGUUUGUGGGGGCGGGGCGAUGUAAUGUGACCAGUGUCAAUGAGGAGGCUAUAUACUGUAACCCUCCCACUGAUCAGCCUGCUCUACGAAAUGACGGAAGUCAGCGAUCAGACGGAAUUCCACGUGUAUUUGUCAAGUUUGGAAACCUUGAGAAAAUGGUGGGGUUCCUUAAGUACCGAGAAUCAGAACAGGAGAACCUGAUGGUGUACAUUGUCCCCGCCCUGCUGGGAGCUGCGGGGGUCAUCGUCAUCAUUGUUUUAGUGGUUUGUUGGAGAUUCCGCAAGCAACAGAAGAACGCUGAACGUGAAUACAAAAAUAUACAGCUACAGCUGGAUAACCUAGAGAGUACUGUCAGAAACGAAUGUAAACAAGCGUUUGCGGAAUUACAGACAGACAUGACUGACCUGACAACAGACCUGGAGGGCAGUAAGAUGCCGUACUACGAUUAUGAGGAGUACACAUUUAGGGUCCUGUUUCCGGGGAUGGUGGAUCAUAUCAUACUACAGCCUCCUCAGCAGAGAAAUGGGAAUGCGGAUAGACAUCCAGACGUUGCCAUCUCUCACUUCCGACAGCUGCUAAACAACAAACACUUCCUGUUAAUGUUUAUAAGGACGCUGGAGAAGCAGAAGACAUUCAGCAUCAGAGACAGAGCCAAUGUGGCUUCUCUGUUGAUGAUACUCUUCCAGAACAACAUGGAGUAUAUAACACAAAUCUUGAAGGCUUUACUAAAUGACCUGAUAGAAAAAAGCAUAGAGACCAAAAGAACAAAGAUCAUGUUGAGGAGGACAGAGUCAGUAGUGGAGAAGCUGUUAGCUAACUGGCUGUCUCUGUGUAUGUAUCGGUACCUCCGGGAGGAAGCGGGAGCCUCCCUUUAUACUCUGUAUCAGUCCAUUAAGUUCCAAGUAGACAAAGGCCCCGUGGACUGCAUCACAUGUGAGGCACGCUACUCCUUAUCAGAGGACAGACUCCUACGAACAGAGAAACAGCUAGAAUAUAGUGUGCUCACACUACUGGUGGAGUAUAAAGACAAACCAGUCACUAAAUGCCGAGUUUUAGACUGUGAUACUAUCACCCAAGCCAAAGAGAAAAUGAUCGACACAAUGUGUCGCAAUAUUCCAUACACACAGCGGCCAUGUGCCGCUGAUCUAGAUCUAGAGUGGACCAAACAUGGCAAAAUCUUGUGUGACGAGGAUAGUUCCACACCUAAAAUAGACGGAUGGAAGCAGUUUAAUACUUUGAAGUAUUAUAAGGUGGAGGAUGGGGCAGAAAUGACACUACUGGAACAUCAGAACUGUCGCACUCUACCAAGGUCUCCUAAUGGGUCUUUACAUUCCUCAGGAUUUGCUUUCACAGUGAACAGAGAAGCUCAGCCAAUCACACGGACAGAGAGCGAAGUUGGCUGUAAAUACUGGCACCUGGUCAAACAGGACGAUUUCAACACAGGGAUUAAAAUCAGCUCGGAGGUGUUCCUUACUCGCCUACUAGCCACCAAGGGCACACUGAAGAAGUACAUUGAUGAUUUCUUCACCAUUAUCCUGACAGCCAAUGAGAGCAUUCCUCCUGUCAUUAAGUCGCUGUUUGACUUCCUGGAUGAGGCUGCCGAAAAAAACAACGUAGAACCUGAAGUUGUCUAUAACUGGAAGUGUAACAGUGUUCCACUGAGAUUUUGGGUGAACAUUAUCAAGAACCCUGAGUUUGUGUAUGACAUCAACAAAACCAACAUCGUAGACUCGUGUCUCUCUGUUGUUGCUCAAGCCUUUAUGGAUAGUUGCUCAACCUCCGACCAAAAUCUAGGAAAGGAUUCUCCUUCCAACAAGCUUUUAUUUGCCAAAGAUAUCCCCCAGUACAAGUGUUUGGUGGAGAAGUACUUCGAGGACAUCAGGGCCAUGCCAGCAGUCAGUGACCAGGACUUAAGUGCCUAUCUCAAUGAAGUCUCCAGGAUGGCAACUGACCGCUUCACUAAAGAAAAUGCUCUCCACGAACUCUACAACUACGUACAUGAGUACAGCAAUGCAAUCAAUGAAAGUCUGGAGGAGGAUCAAACAUCUUCAGCCCAGCAACUUCCUGCCAAACUAGGUCAUGUGAUCACAACAAUGGAGGGACCCUCGUCAUCGGGACCAGCCUUUGUCUGACCCUGACCCCCUACCUGGGCAUUUAUCCCCACUGUGUAGACUAA